AUGUCAGGAAGAGGAAAAGGCGGUAAAGGUUUAGGAAAGGGUGGUGCCAAGCGCCACCGUAAGAUUCUCAGAGACAAUAUCCAAGGUAUUACGAAGCCAGCUAUCCGUCGUCUCGCUCGUCGUGGUGGUGUGAAGCGUAUCUCUGGUCUCAUCUACGAAGAAACACGCGGUGUCCUCAAGGUUUUCUUGGAGAACGUCAUCAGAGACUCCGUCACCUACACCGAACACGCAAAGAGAAAGACUGUCACCGCUCUCGACGUCGUCUACGCCCUCAAGCGUCAAGGAAGAGUCCUUUACGGUUGUAAUUUGGCGCUUAAGCUCUCCUUCCCCCUCCUAGCUAUUGACGUCUAA